AUGUUCCUCGGAACGCCACAUUCGGGUACCAAUGGCGUCGAAUUGGUCAAACUCAUGAACAGUGUCAUGUCCAUAUUCCUAGAGACAAGCGAAACUGUCCUCAAGCACCUCAAGAGAAAUUCAGAAGAGCUAUAUAAUAUUCAGGAGAGUUACAUUUCUGCGAGCAGAAAGAUCGAUGCCAUGUUCUUUUAUGAAGCCUACAAGACUCCUAUUAUAGGGGGGGUGAAGCAGCUCAUUGUACCGCGUCAUUCAGCUACGGCACCUGGAGCGGCGGCGGAAGUACUGCAUGCUGAUCAUUGCCAAAUGGUCAAAUUCAUCGGAAAGGACAACGGAAACUUUAAGAAAGUUGUUUCUUACAUGAGGAAGAGGGUUGAAGAUGCCAGUAAGGCGGUGGCGGCGAAAUGGGUGCUCGAGGACAAUCAUCGAGGUGUUGAGCGGAGAGGUAUCUCAGCGUCACCUAGCACCGUUCUAUUCACGCUGCCACCAAUCUCACGAAAUUACAUCGAGCGGCCUGGAAUUCACGCAAUGAUGUCGCAGAAAUUGCUUCCGGCUGACAAGAAGCAACAUCAACCACGCUGUAUCUUGCACGGAAUGGGGGGCGCUGGGAAAACCCAACUUGCCGCCAAUUGGAUAAGAACGAAUGUGAACCGCUUUACACGGGUGAUCAUUGUCGACGGCUCCGAUCAGGCACAACUGGAAGCCGACCUUGAGCGAUCGAUCCGCUCGGUAGGCCCAGAGUACAGCAAAAUGACGUGGAAGGAUGCAGUCUCCUAUCUCGACGGCAAAGAGAGAGGAUGGCUUCUUUUUAUUGAUAACGCCGACUCGCCAAUCCUGAAUCUCAACCCCUACCUACCGAGCUCUCCGCAUGGAGCGGAAUGCACCGAAUACGAUCCAGAUGGGGCGAUACACGUUGAUGGCCUAGAGGAGAACGAAGCCGUGAAUCUCCUCCACAAGGUCGCCAACAUCUCACCCACAUCGACUAACAAGUCUCUAGAGAUCGUCAAAGAGCUAGGGAUGUUAGCGCUCGCGAUUACUCAGGCUGGAGCGUACCUACUCAGAACGCACCGUCCUCUUGAUACGUAUCUGGAAACAUUUCGCGAGCAUCGAGGUCGAAUCUUGCGCGAAAUAUCGUUCAGAGGCACGAACUACCCUUUUACGACAUACGCGGCGUUCGACAUGUCCUUUGACGAGCUACCGAGAACGACGCAGGAGUUUAUGAAGAUUUGUGCAUUUUUAAAUCACUCUCUCAUUCCAGUGGCCCUGUUUAAGCGGUCAAUCAUAGCAGGCUUUGCAGCGCAUACGGUUCUAGAAGCGUUCCCUCCUCCACAGAGUGACCAAGCCACCAUAAAUCGACUCAAAGAGAUUCUAGGGACGUCCUGGGAUGAAUUCUCGUUCCAGUGUAUGAUCGACGCCGCUACACAAGCGUCGCUCAUCAACGUAUCUGUCGGCAACUCAGGGGACUUAUUCUACAACGUGCAUCCUCUACUUCAGACAUAUAUCAAAGAUGGCCCCGCCAAGGAUAGGGACGAGCAAUACAUGUCUAUGACAGCCCAGCUUCUACUUGGUGCAAUCCGACCAGUGGAGGGUACUAAUGCCCCACACCGGGAGUUGCUGUCGCACAUCAACCGUAUUCCAUUAUCUGUUCAGUCUACGAAUAUUCCUCAUGCAUUGGCAUUCAACGAGGCUUACGUGUCUGUUGGGGAUUGGGGAGUGUCUCAGACACUGCUGGAAACUGCUCUCCGCCAGAUUCAUUGUCUUUCUGGCCAAACAAACGACGAAUCAAUGAGGGUGACAGCGCGAUUGGCAUUCACCAUGUUUAGGUGCGGCCACGUUGACAAGGCUGAACAGGCGCAGCGGGAGGUGCUGAAUAUUCGAUUGGAACGGCUUGGAAAACAACACUUUGAUACUAUCAACGCGAUGAGGGACCUUGCUGUCACACUGGAUAGUCGCGGCCAGUUUGAUGAGGCAGCAACAAUGAGGCGGGAGGUGCUCGAUUUCCGCCUCAAACUUCUUGGACAACAACAUACUGACACCAUCAUUGCGAUGAGUGACCUUGCUGUCACACUGCGCCACUGUGGUCAGCUCGAACAGGCAGAGAUGGCGGAGCGAGAAGUUCUGAAGCUUAGCUUAGCCAUCUUGGGAAGAAAGCAUCAGAGCACAAUUAUGGCAAUGAACAACCUGGCUCUCACAUUAACCCAACGUGGUAUGGUUGAUGAGGCGGAACCAAUGAGGCGGGAGGCGUUAGACCUUUGCCUUGACGUCUUUGGAAGCCGUCAUCCAUUCACAAUCAGUACAAUGGGAAAUUUUGCCCACACGCUGCGCCAACGUGGUAAACUUGACGAGGCAGAACAGAUGGACCAAAAGGUAUUGAACCUUCGCCUCAACAUACUUGGAUCGCGCCAUCCUGGAACUAUUGCAGCAAUGAAAAAUCUUGCGCUUACACUGCGCUACCGUGGCCAGUUGGACGAGGCAGAGAAGCUCGAGCGAGAAGUGCUUGCACUCCGCAUUGACAUCCUUGGACGACACCACCCUGCUACAAUCAAAGCAAUGUCCAAUCUUACCAUCACGCUACGUGAACAGGGAAAGCAUGAGGAAGUACAGAGAAUGAAGCAAGAAACGCGUGUGGGCCCUAUCAAUUCGACUUGA